AUGUUACAAUUUCGUGAGGCUUUAGAAUGUAACAGCCUCUCAGAUUUGGGAUGUCAAGGUGGUUUCUUUACAUGGAGAAAUAGACACAAAGACAAUACAUUUACAAAAGAGAAGCUGGACAGGUGUGUGGCAAACAAUCAAUGGAAAUUGAUGUAUAAGGAGGUCAAGGUGGAGGGUCUUGCAGGGAGAUGUUUUGAUCACCUACCUAUCUUAUUAUCUCUUAUGGGAUAUGAAGAAAGGAUUAGGCGAAGGGAAUGUCCAUUCAGAUUUGAGGCAAGCUGGAUAAAGGAGGAAUGUGUUGAACAAAUAGUUAGGUUGGGAUGGAAUAAGGAAGGGCCGAGAGGGGACCCUAUUAAAAGAAUACAAAAGUUGUUGAAUUCAUGUAAGGGAGUUCUUCAAGGGUGGUUUAGAAGGAAGGAUAAAGAUAGGGUAAAGGAUAUUGAGAUGCUGACUAAAAAAAUUCAAGAGGUGCAGGAACAAGAAGGGCCACAGAAUGUAGAGGAACUCAACCUACUUCAGAUGAGAGUGGGAGUGUUGUUAGAGCAAGAGGACCUAAAGUGGAAGCAACUAGCAAAGAAGAAUUGGAACUGCAUGGGAGACAAGAACACAAAGUUCUUCCAUGCAUGA